UCAAUGGUGUGGUCAUUCGGAGUUUGAAAGUCAACUGCAAGGUCACCUCUCGCUUCGCCCACUACGUCGUCACCAGCCAAGUGGUCAACAAUGCCAACAAAGCCAAGGAAGUGGCCUUCGAUGUGGAAAUCCCCAAGACAGCCUUCAUCAGCGACUUUGCCAUCACAGCAGAUGAAAACACAUUUGUGGGGGACAUAAAGGACAAAGUGACUGCAUGGAAGCAGUACCGGAAAGCAGCCAUUUCAGGAGAGAAUUCUGGCCUCGUCAGGGCCUCAGGGAGAACAAUGGAGCAAUUUGCCAUCCACGUCACCAUUGGUCCUCGGAGCAAGGCCACAUUCCAGUUAACCUACGAGGAGGUGCUGAGGCGCAAGCUUAGGCAGUAUGACAUUGUCAUCAAGGUCAAACCCAAGCAGCUGGUGCAGCAUUUUGAGAUCGACGUGGACAUCUUUGAGCCCCAGGGGAUCAGCAAGUUGGAUGCCCAGGCCUCCUUCCUUUCCAAGGAAGCAGCAGCCCAACUCAUCAAGAAGUCCUUCUCAGGGAAAAAGGGUCAUGUGCUUUUCCGCCCCACGGUGGGCCAGCAACAAUCCUGCCCCACAUGCUCUACGACUCUGCUGAACGGGGACUUCAAGGUGACCUACGAUGUCAAUCGGGAGAAGCUCUGUGACCUCCUGGUCGCCAACAACUACUUUGCCCACUUCUUUGCCCCCCAAAACCUGACAAAACUGAAUAAGAACGUGGUUUUUGUGAUUGACAUUAGUUCCUCCAUGGAAGGCCAGAAAGUGAAGCAGACCAAAGAGGCGCUUUUAAAAAUCCUGAGUGAUUUGAAGCCAGGGGACUACUUCGACCUGGUCCUGUUUGGGUCUGCAGUGCAGUCCUGGAGGGGCUCAUUGGUGCAGGCAUCCACCGCCAACCUGGAUGCAGCUCGGAGUUAUGUGCGGCAAUUCUCCCUGGCUGGCUCGACAAACCUGAAUGGAGGUUUGCUCCGAGGAAUUGAGAUCUUGAACAAAGCUCAGGGCAGCCUCCCAGAAUUCAGCAACCGUGCCUCAAUUCUCAUCAUGUUGACAGAUGGCGAGCCCACGGAGGGGGUGACGGAUCGUUCCCAAAUUCUCAAGAACGUCCGAGAUGCCAUCAGGGGCAGGUUCCCACUCUACAACUUGGGCUUCGGCCAUGAUGUGGAUUGGAAUUUCCUGGAGGUUAUGGCCCUGGAGAACAACGGACGUGCCCAGAGAAUCUACGAGGACCAUGAUGCUGCUCAGCAGCUGCAGGGCUUCUACGACCAGGUCGCCAACCCCCUCCUGAAGGAUGUGGAGUUGCAGUACCCCGCGGAUGCCGUCCUGGCUCUUACCCAGCAUCGCCACAAACAGUACUACGAAGGCUCAGAGAUCACAGUAGCGGGGCGGAUCGCUGACAACAAACUGAGCAGCUUCAAAGCGGACGUGCAGGCCUCUGGGGACCAAGGAUUCAAGACAACCUGUCUGGUGGAUGAGGAAGAGAUGAAGAAACUGCUCCAAGAGAGGGGCCACAUGCUGGAGAACUAUGUCGAACGCCUGUGGGCCUACCUCACCAUCCAGGAGCUGCUGGCCAAGAGGAUGAAGCUGGAGGGGGCGGAGAAGGCCAGUGUUUCGGCCAAGGCCCUGCAGAUGUCACUGGACUAUCAGUUCGUGACCCCGCUGACCUCCAUGACCAUCAGGGGCAUGGCAGACAAGGACGGGCUGGAGCCGGUCAUUGACAAGCCUCUGGAGGAUUCUCAGCCCUUGGAGAUGCUGGGACCCAGAAGGAAGUUCGUGCUAUCCGCCUCACAGCCUUCUCCGACACACCCCAGCUCCAGCAUCCAGAAGCUGCCAGACCGAGUGACUGGCGUGGACACUGACCCCCACUUCAUCAUCCGCGUGCCCCAGAAAGAGGAAACCCUGUGUUUCAAUAUCAACGAGGAGCCUGGUGUGGUUCUGAGCCUGGUGCAGGAUCCUGACACAGGCUUCUCAGUGAAUGGGCAGCUCAUCGGCAACAAGGCCAGGAGCCCGGGAAAGCAUGAGGGCACCUACUUCGGGCGGCUGGGGAUCGCAAACCCCGCAACAGGCUUUCAGCUGGAAGUGACUCCACAGAACAUUACGCUGAACCCUGGCUCUGGUGGGCCUGUGUUCUCCUGGAGGGACCAGGCUUCACUGCGGCAGGACGAGGUGGUGGUGACCAUCAACAGGAAGAGGAACCUGGUGGUGUCCGUGGAGGAUGGGGGCACCUUUGAGGUGGUCCUGCACCGUGUGUGGAAGGGGAGUGCUAUCCACCAGGACUUCCUGGGCUUUUACGUGCUGGAUAGUCACCGGAUGUCAGCACGGACACAUGGACUGCUGGGACAAUUCUUCCACCCCUUUGAUUAUAAAGUGUCUGACCUCCACCCAGGCUCUGACCCCACAAAGACAGACGCCACAAUGGUGGUGAAGAACCGCCGGCUGACAGUCACCAGGGGCUUGCAAAAAGACUACAGCAAGGAUCCCCGGCACGGGGCCGAGGUGACCUGCUGGUUCAUCCACAAUAAUGGAGAUGGGCUGAUUGAUGGCGUUCACACUGACUAUAUCAUCCCCGACAUCUUCUGAGCCUCCAGCCAGCGCUCCUGUCCUUCCAUGGGGCCAUGACAGAGAAGGAGGAGAGCAUCCUGACCUGCUGCUCAAGCGACACCUCCCUGUCCAAGCUGGUCCCCUACGUCAAAGCACUUGUGACUUCAUUAAA